UAGGAAGUGCAGUUAAAACCAGAUUUCGCAUCCGACUUUAUUGGUUCAAAUAUGUGAGAUGUGGGAUAUGCGAUAGUUGAUUAAAUUCUACGAAAAAUAUCGAUACUUCGAACUCGAUACGAUUUCGAAAAUAAUUUCGCAUUGUUCAUCGAUUUAAAUCAAAAUAUAAUGAGAGGUUAGAUAUCUAACCUUGAUAUUUAAAAUCUUAUGUUUGCGAAUUAGAACUAAUCCUUUCAGCCGGCUAAAACAACAUUAAAAUAUGGCGAGUGAGGAAGUAAUCGAGGCUAAUAAGAAGCCGCAGCCCAUAUUCAAGAACCGCUCGUUUCAACAGAAAUUUCGACCAACCAGUACUACUGGCAAGAAACGUACUUGGCGUUCGUUGAAGCAAGUGUUGGCUCAGGAGCGUUCGUUACCAUGGCCAGCAACAGUAAAACACUACAGUUCCAUUAAUGCACCGCCGAGCUUCAAACCUGCGAAAAAGUAUUCCGAUAUAUCCGGAUUACCGGCACGAUACACGGAUCCACAGACCAAGUUAUACUACGCAGCCGCCGAAGAAUUCGCGACGGUUCGGAGCUUGCCGAUGGACAUAACUGCUGGAUACCUCGCUCUACGCGGAGCGUCCAGCAUUGUCGGCUAAUAAAUAAUCGAAUGCGUUAUGUAAGAUGGUGGUCACGUGCAUUUGCAGUCUGCAGUGUCGACACCCAAGAGCUUCCGGUACUUGGAGCACACUGAAGUCUGAUGUACGAAUAAAGGGACGAUUCAACGAGACAGGGACAGAGAAUAAGGCGGAACAACUCAAUGAAGAGACAGAGUAAAUAAAGUAUCGAUAUUUUUUUUAUCUCACAGACAACAUUUAUAACAUUUUGUUACGUCCGCCAAUAGUCAAUAGUGCUUUGCAGGAUUUUUCAGAAUAGAUGACUUCAUUAUUA